AUGUCAUCUCGCAUUGUAGCGGAGAAUGCAUUACCCAUCACUGACUCGACGCCGUAUUUGGACCUAAUGGAACUUAACGACUUCACGCGCCGCCCUAUAGCCGGCGAGUCUCCCACGUUAGGACAGCUCCUCAAGCACGUUGGAGAUGUACGGAAGGAAGCCGCCGGCGACGGCAGCGAGACGCCGGUGCACCACGCUCUCGACGUCAGCGACGCCACCGGAAUCGAGUCUCGCUCGCUACCAUUUGUCCUGUCUUUCAACAACCUCACUUAUAGUGUCAAGGUCCGCAGUAAAUUGAGCUUCUCCUCAAUCUUCUCCCGCCGCCGCAACAGCAGCUUCGGCGCGGCGGCGGUGGCGGAGGUUCCGGCGGUUGGCGAGAGCAUGUUCACGCGGACCAAGACUCUUCUGAAUGACAUCUCCGGCGAAGCACGCGACGGCGAGAUCAUGGCGGUCCUCGGAGCCAGCGGUUCGGGAAAGUCGACUCUGAUCGACGCGCUGGCGAACAGAAUCGCGAAGGGAAAAUUGAAAGGAACGGUGGCGCUGAACGGCGAGGCAUUGGGAUCGCGGAUGGUGAAGGUGAUAUCGGCGUACGUGAUGCAAGACGAUCUUCUCUUCCCGAUGCUCACUGUUGAAGAGACACUGACGUUCGCAGCCGAAUUCCGAUUACCACGCUCGCUAUCCAAAUCAAAGAAGAAGACACGCGUCCAAGCCCUAAUCGAUCAGCUUGGGCUCCGGAACGCAGCGAAAACAGUGAUCGGCGACGAAGGCCACCGCGGAGUCUCCGGCGGAGAACGGCGACGAGUUUCAAUCGGCAUUGACAUAAUUCACGACCCGAUCAUGUUGUUCCUGGACGAGCCAACCUCGGGGCUGGACUCUACGAGCGCGUUCAUGGUGGUGAAGGUGCUGCAGAGAAUCGCACAGAGCGGAAGCAUUGUGAUCAUGUCCGUUCACCAGCCAAGUUACAGAAUCCUCGGGCUUCUCGAUCGUAUGAUCUUCCUGUCACGCGGCCAAACUGUGUACAGCGGUUCGCCGUCGCAGUUACCGUCGUUCUUCGCCGAGUUCGGUCAUCCGAUACCGGAGAACGAGAACCGAACAGAGUUCGCGUUGGACCUGAUUCGCGAGCUGGAAGGUUCACCGGGCGGAACGAAGAGCUUGGUGGAGUUCAACAAGUCAUGGCAGAGCAUGACGAAGCAUCACCAACAACUUUCUUCAGGUAAUAAUGACGCUGAACCAAACGGCUUGUCGUUGAAAGAAGCAAUCAGCGCGAGUAUUUCGAGAGGGAAAUUGGUGUCUGGAGCCACCAACACGAACGCGAACCCUUCUUCAAUGGUGCCAAGGUUUGCGAACCCGUUUUGGAUUGAGAUGGCAACGCUGUCGAAACGUUCGGUCACGAAUUCGAGGAGAAUGCCUGAGUUGUUUGGGAUAAGGUUGGGUGCGGUUAUGGUGACUGGGUUCAUUCUUGCCACCAUGUUUUGGCAACUUGAUAACUCUCCAAAAGGGGUGCAAGAAAGGCUUGGCUUUUUCGCAUUUGCCAUGUCAACAACCUUCUACACAACAGCUGAUGCACUCCCCGUGUUCCUCCAAGAACGCUACAUUUUCAUGAGGGAAACUUCUCACAAUGCUUAUCGCAGAUCAUCCUAUUUGGUCUCUCAUGCUCUUGUUGCGUUGCCUUCGUUGGCUUUUCUCUCAUUGGGUUUUGCUGCCACCACUUUCUGGGCUGUGGGACUUGACGGUGGAGUUUCGGGGUUCUUCUUUUACUUUCUCAUAAUAUUUGCUUCCUUCUGGGCUGGGAACUCCUUUGUCACCUUCCUUUCUGGUGUGGUGCCUCAUGUGAUGCUGGGUUACACCAUUGUUGUUGCAAUUCUUGCGUAUUUCUUGCUGUUCAGUGGGUUCUUCAUCAACAGGGAUAGGAUCCCAAUUUACUGGAUUUGGUUCCACUACUUGUCGCUGGUCAAGUACCCUUACGAAGCUGUUCUGCAGAACGAGUUUAGUGACCCAAUGAAGUGCUUUGUGAGAGGGGUGCAGAUUUUCGACAACACACCACUGGGUUCCGUGCCAGAUGCCCUCAAGUUGAAGCUGUUGGAUAGCAUGAGCAACACUCUGGGAAUGAAGAUCACGAGCUCAACGUGUUUGACGACGGGUACUGAUAUAUUGAAGCAGAAUGGGGUGACAGAUUUGAGCAAGUGGAACUGUUUGUGGAUCACAGUGGCUUGGGGUUUCUUCUUCAGGUUUCUCUUCUACUUGUCUUUGUUGGUCGGCAGCAAGAACAAGAGGAGGUGA